AUGCUCCUUGAAAAGGGUGCUGAUCCAAAUGCUGUUUAUAAUUGCAAUGAUCCAAGAAAGGGCCUUCGAUACGCAGGUCGAAAAUUCCCGGAAGAGAAAUCAAACUGUAUGGAACCCGACCAUCCAUCGGGCGCAGGAAAAUGCUAUCAUAGCGCCGAUUUUAAUUCAAGCCCCGGCAUUGAUCCUUGCUUGGUUAUAGCGGUCAAAAAACGAGAUGAGGAAUUAUUCAGAUUCAGUAUCGAGGGUACAGAUCGUAUCUUCCGUAUUCUUGCGCUCUCAGAAAGUAUGAAUCAACAGGAUGGGCAUUUUGCUCAUAUUCUUUUGGCAGAGUAUAAAACUCCACCAGAGGUUUCUGUGCGAUCAGAUGAGGAAAUGAUAUUCUGGUUCCGACGCUUAAGACAACCCUUAUUCCAGGCAAUCAAGAACAACAAUCUUUCUCUUGUUCAAUUAUUGGUGCAGUAUAGGGCAAAUGUGAACAUUUCAUUUUCAUUUUAUGGAGAGAUAGAAUUGGAUCAUUAUCCUAGUCCACGCGAAGACAGAUUACCUGAAGGAUCUGCUCUUCAGCUUGCCAUAAAACUAGGAAAUCCAGAAAUUAUCGAUUUCCUACGAUCCCAUGGAGCAGUUGAGAUGGUAGAGUUGGUCGAUUAA